AUGGCUACCGCCACCGCCUCUCAGCCUCCAGUCCAAGAAGAGGGCGAAGAUUCGUUGUAUCCGAUUGCUGUUCUCAUCGACGAGCUGAGAAACGAAGAUGUCCAGCUUAGACUCAACUCUAUCAGGAAGUUGUCCACCAUUGCCUUGGCUUUGGGAGUUGAGAGAACACGAAAGGAAUUAGUCCAAUUCUUGACCGGUAUGUGCAAUAUCCUUUUGCUUCCUUUGACUUUUAGGUCUUCAGUAUAGAUGAGGUUUCUAACAGCUUUUAUUCAUUGGGUUGCCCAUCCUUUAUACGUAUUUUGCAUAACUAACUUUUGGUUUUUUAGACACCAUCUACGACGAAGAUGAAGUGUUGUUGGCUUUGGCUGAACAACUUGGGAACUUCACCCCUCUGGUUGGAGGUCCAGAGUACGUUCAUUGUCUUCUUCCUCCUUUGGAGAAUUUGGCUAACAUUGAGGAGACUGUUGUAAGAGAUAAGGCUGUGGAAAGUCUAAGGAAGAUUGCUGAUAAACACUCUCCAGCUGCUUUGGAGGAACAUUUCAUCCCCAUGAUCUUGAGGUUGGCUCAAGGAGAUUGGUUUACUUCUAGAACAUCAGCUUGUGGACUGUUUAGUGUCGCAUAUGCUCGAGCCAGUCCACAGAUGAAACUGGAAUUGAGAGGGUAAGAAUUUCAUUUUUUGUUUGAGUUGCAGUAAUGAUGUAUAGUAUAAUAUCUUCCUUUCAGUGUGUUCCGUCAACUCUGCCGUGACGAUACCCCAAUGGUUCGUCGUGCCGCUGCCUCUAAGCUAGGUGAAUUUGCGAAGGUGGUUGAGGAAGAUAAUCUCAAGAACGAGCUGUUCCCAAUCUUCGAAGAUUUGGCCAAGGAUGAUCAAGAUUCUGUCCGAGUUUUGGCUGUUGAAGCUGGUAUUAUUAUGGUUUCUCUUCUUCGUGAAGAUGCCGCCAAGCUUGCCCAGAUUAAGCCAAUCAUCAAGGAAUUGGCCGGCGACAGAUCUUGGAGAUCAAGAUAUAUGGUCGCCGAGAGAAUUGUUGAGGUAAAAACUUGCUCCAUUUUUGUUUUGUUUUUUUAGUCUAGGUAUAGUUUGUACCUCUGUCUUGCAGAUUCAAGAAGCUUUCCGAGACAAGAUCACCAUCGAAGAAAUGGUCCAGAUCUACACCAGUUUGUUGAAGGAUUCUGAGGGAGAAGUCCGUGAUGUCGCCGCUUCCAAACUCCAAGCUUUCUGCUCGGCUCUUCCUGAAGCUGGCCGAAAGGAAGCCAUCAUCAACGAAGUCCUUCCAGUUGUCAGACCAAUGACUUCUGACACCAAUCAACAUGUUAAAGUAGCAUUGGCUUCGGUUAUCAUGGGACUGGCUCCAAUUCUUGGACAAGAAAACACUGUUACACAUCUUUUGCCUCUCUUCUUGGCCAUGCUUCAUGAUGAUACGGCCGAGGUUAGGCUCAACAUCAUCUCUUCUUUGGAUAAGGUGGGUUUCAUGUCUGAUUAUUUAUAGUUAUAGUGUUUUAUCUUUGUUGUGAAGAUUAUUGAGAACUUUGUUUAGGUUAGCGAAGUUAUCGGUGGCAAUGAUCUCCAACAAUCUGUCCUCCCUGCUAUCAUUGAAUUGGCUGAGGACGGGAAGUGGAGAGUUCGCUUGGCCAUUGUUGAGCAUAUGCCUCUGUUGGCCGAGCAAUUGGGCCGUCAAUUCUUUGAUGAGAAACUUUUGAAACUGUGCAUGGCUUGGCUCACUGAUCACGGUAUGUCUCUUAGUUAUCUUUCAUAUUCCGUCUUUAGUGUACGCCAUCAGAGAAGCAGCCACGACUACCCUGAGGCGUUUAGCCGAGAAGUUUGGACCCCAAUGGGCGUGUGAAUCGAUCCUACCCAAGGUGAACGAAUUGGCCGAGGACAGCAAUUAUCUUCACCGAAUGACCUGUCUUUUCUGUUAUAACACAUUAGCGCAAGCGAUAGGAAAGGAGAAUGUGGUUGCUAAGAUCUUCCCCGUUCUCAAGAAAUUGGCCGAGGAUGGAGUUCCAAAUGUCAGAUUCAACGUGGCCAAGUCGUUGGGAAUUAUUGGAAAGUCACUAGAUCAACCGUAAGUUUUUUUUCUGCUGUGGCAAAUAGCGGAUGGAUAAUGUAAUUUGAGUAUUGUUUUAGGCUUCUCACCUCCGAAGUAAAGCCCCUGUUGAAGAAACUACAAGAAGAUUCAGAGUUCGACGUCCGAUACUUUGCCGACGACGCAACUGAAGCGCUGGCACUGAAUUGA